ACCCCACUCCUGACGAUGGAUAUCUUGGAACCUGGCUCGAUGAAGAACGCAGCGAAAUUCGAUACGUAAUGCGAAUUGCAAAAAUCCGUGAAUCAUCAAAACUUUGAACGCAUGUUGCGCCUGAGGCCUCGGCCGAGCCCAAUCAAACCUGCGGGCCCCGUUCGCGCGGGGCCCGGAGGUACGCAGCGCCGGUCGAUGCCGCGGGAAAAGGAGCUCGCUCCCACCGCGGCGGAGACCGAGGAUGACCCUCACGGGUCGGCGCUGGCAAAACGGGCUGAUGCGACCCGUCUUGAAACACGGACCAAGGAGGCCAACGCGGCUGCGAGCCAAUGGGUUGGAAACCACAAUGGUGAUAGUGAAGGCGACCCGUGAGAAGGCGGCCUCGUGCUGCCCGCACCACGGACCGCCCCGGGGGCCUCGGCGCCCGGGGUGCGUUGAGUAGUCGCAUUGGGACCCGAAAAUGGUGAACUAUGCCUGAGCAGGGCGAAGCCAGAGGAAACUCUGGUGGAGGCCCGCAACGCUACUGACGUGCAAAUCGUUUGUCAGACUUGGGUAUAGGGGCGAAAGACUAAUCGAACCAUCUGGUAGCUAGUUCAUCCACUCCAGUAGGCCUAAUAAGCCGACCUUGCUCUCAUUGCUCACACUCAAGCUCGGCUUCGGCCGCUCAGCUCUCAAAAAAACACUCUCAUUAACACACAUUUGCUUGCUGACUCUUCAAGACCACACCCGACUAGCCAAAAGCGGCUUCGGCCGUAAAGGAGCGGGGUGCAAAAGGGUUUCAUGCCAUCGAGUCUACCACGCAAACCAAACCAUCCUGAAGAGCUAUGCUGGACAAGCCGUAAGGCGAAAGGGGGCUCAGGGGGAAGGGCAUUAGUGUUGCGAGCCGGUCUCCUAGGGAGACGUUAGCUCUGACGGUGCCUCCAGCGAAGAAGCAACGCCCCAGCCCAAGCCCCGACCCUGCUGACACCCCUACGAGGCAACCCUCAGUCGGCAUUGGUGUGGCUUCCACCAUACUGAGGAUCGACUAUCCGUCGGCAUCGAGCAACAAGGGGGGGCCUGUGGCCACAGGACAAAAACGUAAAAAGGGGAAAGAACCAGCUGAGACGAAAGAACUCGCAGAGAUGGAGAAACCGAGCCCCGUGAAGAUUGUGUUCCUCCCGCCUGUACUCAACAAAUCGGGACUGUCUUCACCCCCCGCGGAGGUUCUUGAAGAUCUUGAGAACGCUCUCGAAGUCCCCGAGACAGCUCUUGUGGUCCCAGAGAAUCCUUUCAAAGGGGGGGAGGUCCUUCUGAGCCAACCUGCGCCCGCCUUCCAGGGAUUCACAGCAGGCGAACGGAAGGAGGUCGUACCUGCGAGCAGCGACUCCACCCAUUCCUCUGGUCACCCUGCGGUGCCUGGGAAGUGUGGCCGGUGUCACUCCCUCCUUUGGGAACGUAAAAUUAUGAAAAAACACCAUUGUUCCCCGUCAAAUCUGGUCGAGACCGCUGUGCGGAAAGUGCUGCAUCUGCAGGGACUAGGGGUAUUGCCGGGGGGGUCCGCCCCUCUAGCGGCACUCCCAGCUCCUCCAGAUCCAGCCCCAUCCGCAUCGGCUGGUCCUAUGGUGGUUUUCCUGGUGCGGGCUCAGCCCCACCUUCAGCAAGUGGUGGCUGUUCCACCCCCCCCGGCCCCUCCAUCCAUCGUCACUGCGAGGCACACGGUCUCCGCUGGGCCGGAUACGGACAUGGGGGUACUGCCAGUUGCUCAUGAGCGUGGGGAUGCUCAGCCCCCCUGCGUGGUCCCACCCGCUGUCAUGCAUGUGGUGGGGACCUUGUCGGAAAGAAUGGACCGGCUCUCAAACUCGUUGGACGCUCUGUCCGCUCAGCUUGGGGGGUCUGCUCCAGGAUUGGAAGCCAAGGACCAGGAGAUGACUGACGCUGCUGGCGAUGAGGCAAGUUCGCCGCUUGACCCCGCGGUGAAGGCCAAGGGGAAGGCCAAGAGGAAAGGCAUUGUGGAGAAGGGGAAGGGCGCCAUCCCCCCCCUCGCUCCCGGCCUGGAAAAGCCUAAAGCUAUUGGUUCUGGCGCGCCAGCAUCGGACCAGCAACCUGACGACUCGACAUCUUCGUCGAACCCACCCGACGGGACUUCAGCCCCGGACGCAACGCGGGACUCGCCAACUGCGCUUGCUGAAGGGGUUAAGUCCCAGAAGAAGAAGGGCAAGGCCAAGAAAAAGAAGAAGUCUCGGACUGCGGCUCCUUCGGCUUCGACAGCCACUGCAUCUUCGGGCGCGGCUCCUGCUACGCCUCCAGUUCAAACGUCUCCAGUUACCCCACAGCAGGAGUCUCCGGUAGCCGCGACUCCGGUGGUGGCGACAGGGGCUCCGACACCUGCUCCGGGCCCAUCUCGCCCACGUUUGAAUGCUCGGGCAGGGGAAGCAAAGGAUACGGGUCGUGAUGGCAAAUGGGAGGUCGGCCCCCAGGAUCGGUCCCAGGCCGGAGUUCGGAAAACUGCUCAGGUUAAGCAGCCACGUUUCGCCGAUUCAGGAUCAGAGGACGGGUCUGCAUCUUCCCACGGAGGCGUCGCCUCCGCCUUAGACCAGACGGAUUCUAGUGCCAUCAGCCAGGGAGGCCAAGCAACCCUCCCUAAGGGGUUUCUCUGCAAUAUCUGCGGCAACAAGUUCUGGUCCCGCAGGACGCGCAACAACCAUACGUAUCGCAAGAAUGGCUGUGCCGCGCGUGACGCCGUUCACGAGGCGGAGUUACGUGACAUGACUAAGGCGGAACUCCGGAAGGCUGAUGUCCCACCGGAGGUCGAGUUUGGUGAUGCCUACUAGGAGUCCGCCAUGCAGCUGGACUGGUCACUUUUCGUCAGGGAGAAGGGAGCGAUGCUGCCGGUUCUGCGUCAUAUCCCCUUUCGGCGUCGCGCCCUCACAGUGGCAUGUGUUCGGCCAUUACUACGGAAGCUGAAGGAGGACCCAAAGCAUCUCGCGGCGGGUACCCUCUUGGGUGUGUUCCCUCAGCUGUGCUUGUCUACUGCAGCUAUUUUUGGCGAUGUUGGACACUGGAAGCAGGUGCGGGGUUUGCUGCACCUCUUCAAACGAGGGGAGUGGUCGACCUUGUACGAGAGGGGGUUGGCGUCCAUCAACACAGUUGCUAGCCGUGUCCGGACUAGUCGGGCUGGGACCGGCCCUGAGGAUGCGCGGACUCGUCGGAGCAUUCAGUUUGCCCAGAUUGCGGAGCUGUCGCGAGCAGCAGAGGCGCUGGUGGCCGCGGAGCUUGCACCAGCGACAAAGGAGACACUUUUGGCCCUGGAGGCCAAGCAUCCAGACUCCAACCUUCCACGGAUCGAUGAGGAAGGGAAGUGCAUCCUCGCGUCUCCGGCCAAGCCAACAAAAUGGACCCUGAAGACGAAGGUCCUUCUCCGGGCCCUUCGCGAAAGCCCACGAGGGUCAGCAGGAGGACCGACGGGGUGGCGCAUGGACUUCCUCCGCGAGAUGUUCACCCACCCAGAUGACAUCAGGCUUCUAGGAGGGUGGCUUCAGCACGCGGCGCGAGGGGAGGUCGGUCCGGGGAUCGCCACUUUGUGG